AUGGGUCCAAUUGUUGGAGCAAUUAUACGUGUUUAUUUAUUUCAAGGUUAUUUAUUAUUAAUGAAACUUUUUGCAAAUUUAUCCAAUAUUGUAAAUAUUGGUUCUAUUGAACUACAUCCUAAAGUAAAAUCAAUCGAUGGUGCCGAUCAAAUGAUGCUUACACAUAAACUUACAACAACUCAAACUAUUAAUAUUUUAAAAUAG